AUGAGUUGAAUACAAUAAUCACCUGAAUAGCAUUAUCUUGCCUACGGGUGAGAGGUAAUACUAUCACAAAAUCCAUGGCACUGUCGUCCAUUUUCACAAUGAAAUAAACAUUCCUUUUAAUAAACCACCAAGUCACUGAUUUAUUCUCUGACAGAUUAAACAUUUGACAACAUAUUUGGUGACUUCUCGUUUAAUUGUGAGCCCACAAAAGUUUUAUCUUGAAACAUCUUAGUAUUGACAGGAUCUAGGAAACUUCAAUUGAUAGACCCUUUGAAGAAUUGUCUUUUCACAAAGAAUGUUAUGAUGUUCACCAAGUUUUCAACUAGUGCAAAGAAUUUUACUAGAAAAUAUCAAAAGAUAUUAGUUUAGAAAGGCAGAAAUAACUGUCAAAAUCCCUUAAAAAAAUGAAGAAUUAUGAGUUAGCAAUCUCACUAGCAAAAUUUUUGAAAAUUAAAGACUGUUUUAAGCCUUUGAAAUUUUUAAGAUUUUUCUCGUGAAAUGCCUAAGCAUAUAGAACUUGUGAAAGUUGUGAACUAUGUAAAUUAAAAACAAUUCCAAAGUACAUUGUAAAACUAAAAAACAUUUAUCAAGAUUAAAGUCUGCCGUGAACGUCCAUAUUCGUCUAUCUUCAAGGGCUUGUCAUGACUGCAAAUCUACAACAUGGCCCUGGAAAUCAGCCAGCUGAGGCUGGGGUAGAGUACAAAGUAUUCUCAAAUCCUUUUUCUUUUGGAUCUACUAUCAAACUCGAUGGAUCUAAUUAUGAUGUUUGGGCUAGAACUUUCAUAAGAUGAACCAACAGAAAAAGUUGGCAAGUAUGCACGGUGGGAGGAAGAAAACAGUAUAAUUAGUGUGUGGCUUAUGAAUAGCACUCAACCUCAUAUUGCUGCUGGUCUUUGCUAUUAUAACACAGCUAAAGAUAUGUGGAAUUCGCUUCGACAGACAUACUCUCAAGACAAGAACAUCAGCAAAAUUCUUCAGGUUCAGCAAGAACUAUUACAAAUGCAACAAGGUGACAUGGAUUUAACUGAAUAUUUUACCAAAUUGAAGUUUAAUUAUGAAAAGAUGAACUCUUUAAAGUCUCCUUGCAAGCAUUGUCUCAAAUCUCACAUGGAGCAAAUGAUAGUUGUUAAAUUUCUUGCUGGACUAUCAUCAGAUUAUUCUGCAGCCAAGGCACAAAUGCUUACAGGGUCUGAUUUUCCGGAUCUUGAGGAGGCCUUCAACAGGGUAAAUAGACUGGCGGUUACCCUUCCUCCCUCUACAAAUAAUUCACAGCCUUCUGCACUUGCCUCAUUUAGAAGAGGCCGAAGUGUACAAUACCCUUCUCGUGGUAGAGGAAGAGGUCGUGGCCUAGGAGGGCGUGGGAGACUCCAAUGCACGUAUUGCAGUCGUCUUGGUCACCUAGAGGAUAAGUGCUGGAACAAAGUGGGUAAACCGAACAAUUCUUUGUCCACGACUAUGACAUCCUCCUCCAUACCAGCUUCAAACUCACAGUCCAUUAGUAUGGAUCCCAAGGUGAAUCCCACUGCUGCUUCGGUAGAUGCCACGUCUCUCAAGUUAACUCCGGUCGAACUUGAAUUAAUUAUGGUGCAUCGAUCAAAUGUUGCACCGUCCACCUCAUCGGCUUCUACUGCUAUCACAGAUUCAGCAUUUUCUGCAGGUAGAACUCCCUCUAAUGGUUGUUGGAUAAUUGACUUUGUAGCGUCUAGACAUUUUUGUGGAGAUGCUAGUAUUCCGAACUUGCAGAAAUUUUAUCCCUCCCAAUAUGUAAGAUUAGCUGAUGGAAGACUAUCUUCGGUGGAAGGUCAUGGAGAUGUCCGCCUAUCUCCAUCUUUACAUGUUCAUGAAGUGCUUUAUACUCCUGAAUUCCCAAAGAACCCGUUAUCUGUAAGCAAAAUUACUAAAGAGAUGAAUUGUCGAGUUAUUUUUUACACUGGCACUUGUGUAUUUCAGGACUUAUAGACUGAGAGGAAGAUUGGUGGAGGCCAUGAGAGAUAUGGAAUCUACUUCAUGGAUACAUUCAUUAAAGAGGCGUCCAUUUUGGUUGAUUCAUCUUCAAGUGCAUUCCAAUGGCAUCUCAGACUUGGCCAUCCGUCAUUUCAUAAACUUCGGCAGUUAUGUCCUCAGAUUUCUUCUUCAACCUCCAUUGAGUGUGAAGCUUGUCAAUUAGGCAAGCAUAGUCGUACAUCUUUUCCAUCGAGUCAAAGUCAAUCCAGCCAAAGUCUAUUUGAUUUAGUUCAUGUUGAUGUAUGGGGGCCUAGUCGGGUUCCGAGUCGGUUGUGGUCCCGUUAUUAUUUUUCCAUUGUUGAUGUUUUUUCUCGAGUUUUUUGGGUGUUCUUGAUGAAAGAAAGAUCUAAAGCAUCUUGUAUCUUGAAAUCUUUCAUCUUGGAAAUAAAAGCUCAAUUUAACACUUGUGUUAAGGUUGUUCGCACUGACAAUGCUCUUGAGUUUAAAUCUACUUCCCUACUUGAAUUCCACAACUGGCAAUUUUACUGACGCAUCAAGUUGGCCAUGCAAUCGUAGUGUCAAACUCUACUUGACAAUUUUAACAUAAUGGACGGAAUGUUGCUUCAUCAAAAUCCUUCUGCAUAUCUCAAGGUCUAAUAGUACAGUUUUCCCUCAUGUUGUAAAGGGUUUAUCGCAUCUUUUGACCUCACAAUGAGAUGAUCAUCACACAUAAACUCUCAAAACUGACCACUAUGUCGAUGCAUCAAGUUGGUCAUGCAUUUGUUGUGUCAAUCGGUCAGUCAUUUAUUUCAAUUUCAUCAAUUUGAAAUUCUUAACUUGAUGGAGGGUACGUUGCUUCAUCAAGAUCCUUCAGCAGU